CUUUUUCACCAGAUCAUGUUCGAGACUUUCAACUCGCCAGCCAUGUACGUGGCUAUCCAGGCUGUGUUGUCUCUCUACGCCUCUGGUCGUACAACUGGUAUUGUUAUGGACAGCGGUGACGGGGUCAGUCACACAGUUCCCAUCUACGAAGGCUACGCCCUUCCCCAUGCCAUCCUUCGUCUUGACUUGGCCGGCAGGGACUUGACAGACUACCUCAUGAAGAUUCUGACCGAGCGUGGCUACUCCUUCACUACCACAGCCGAGCGUGAGAUCGUGCGUGACAUCAAAGAAAAACUUUGCUAUGUUGCUCUCGACUUCGAGCAAGAAAUGCAGACUGCUGCUUCCAGCUCCAGCUUGGAGAAGAACUACGAGCUUCCUGACGGUCAGGUCAUCACCAUUGGCAACGAGCGCUUCAGAUGUCCCGAGGCCAUGUUCCAGCCCUCUUUCCNCAACACAGUGUUGUCUGGUGGCUCCACCAUGUUCCCAGGAAUCGCUGACAGAAUGCAGAAAGAAAUCACUGCUCUGGCUCCACCCACAAUGAAGAUCAAGAUCAUUGCUCCUCCUGAGCGCAAAUACUCUGUAUGGAUCGGAGGAUCUAUCUUAGCCUCGCUGUCCACCUUCCAACAGAUGUGGAUUUCUAAGCAAGAAUACGAUGAAUCUGGUCCUUCCAUUGUUCAUCGUAAAUGCUUCUAAACGGAACACACGUCCACUUAGAAGGAAACCUUUCCAAUUCCAAAAUUUCCUGACUUUGGGCUGUUCAAAGACUUUAAAUUAUAUAUUUCAAGAAU